AUCCAGGAUUAGAUUCAAUUUAGCUUGAAGGUACCUGACUAACCAAUAAAUCCCGGCGCGGUGAGACACGCCGCUUCUCAUUUGUGCGCGUAAUUUGAGCUCUCCUUCAAGCCACGCCCAUUUUCCCUCCAGCCGUUUGUUGGGUGUCGCAGUGAGAAACGUGCAAAAAAAAAAAAAAAAAAAACAAUUAUUUUCCUUAACGUUAAUCUUGCCAUAACUCUGUUGGAAAACCGGAAAGAAGGAACAAGACAUGUUGCAGAUGUUGAAUCCGCAGAGACUGAAGUCUCUAGAGAAGUGGCUUGAGGAAACCAACACCACCUUGACGCAGGUUAACGGCCAGCGCAGAUAUGGUGCUCCUCCUCCGGGAUGGAGAGGUCCGACACCAGGUCCAGGCUGCGAGGUCUUUAUAAGUCAGAUCCCUCGGGACGUGUACGAAGACCAGCUGAUCCCUCUGUUCCAGAGCGUGGCCCCGCUCUACGAGUUCCGCCUCAUGAUGAACUUCAGCGGGCAGAACCGAGGCUUCGCCUACGCCAAAUACGGAGACACGGCUAGCGCAGCCGCCGCCAUCCGGGCUCUAAACCUGUAUCCAAUCCAGAGUGGCGUCAGGCUCACCGUCAGGAGGAGCACGGAGAAGAGGCAGCUGUGUCUCAGCGAUCUGCCUCCCACCAUGGAGCGCAACGAGCUGCUGACAGUGCUGCAGCAAAUUGCUGACGGAGUGGAGGGCGUCACUAUGAGGACCACCGGGCCAAAGGAGAAGGAUGUCACUGCGCUCGUGCACUACUCCUCCCACUAUGCUGCCUCCAUGGCCAAGAAGGUGUUGGUGCAAGCCUUCAGGAAGCUGUACGGCGUGUCCAUCUCCGUCCGAUGGAUGUCUGGAAACGCCAAAUCCAGACACGAGGAGCAUGACGAAGAGAGUGCUCUCGCCCCUCCUGGGCUGAAAUCCAUGGCCGCGAAUUCUUUAACGCCUCCACGCUUCCAGCUCAGCCGAGACCCCGAGCAUCCUCCACCUCUUCCUACUCCACCCUCUCCCCUUCACCCGCAGUUCUUCUCGCGGGCAGUAGGGGGUCCAACCCCGCAGGUGACGAGUGUGAUGUUACCCCUGAAGCCCUGGAGCGCGGAGGAGCCACCGCACGACUCGGUGCACCAGCUCCGUUGGCUGUGUGAGCUGCACGGGCUCGGCAUGCCGCUCUACAACGUGCGCUACGACCACACAGGCCCUGACGGCUUCCUGUAUUUUGCCUACAGGGUGGUGGUGCCAGGGCUGGCCAUGCCGUUCUGCGGCGUAGUCCCCGUCCUGCCCAGCACCUGCGCCAACAACAUGGAGGCUGAGGUUCAUCGAGCCGCUGCCAAGCAGCUCCUCAACGCCAUGUGGCAGGCGAGAAAACCAUGAGCUUUGACCUCAGAUGCAUCAUCUGUUUUGGGUGAGAAUGUGAUUUUCUGUAGUAGAACGUGGUCCUGGAUGAGCUUUCCUAUGUUUAAACUGUUGAAAAUACAAAUCUCAGAGAUGUCACAGUCACAGAUGGAGCUCGUAGAUGUAUUAGAGCAGUUAGCAUCUCCUCCAAGCUUGUUUCUGUAGCUGUUCUCUAGCUAUUUAGAGGAGAACUAGAUAACAGGAACAUGGAUUGGCAAUGUCUAAACUAAGAAAAAAAAUGAAGUAAGCUCCAAAUAUAAAUAAGUAACUAAUAAUGAAAUAAAUAAAAUCUCUUCACAUUGCAAAGCUCUGCUAACUUUACUGUCUAGAAACUGCCAGAGGUGGUCUGUCUUACACUGAUGACAUCAUAGUGCAACGAUUGGCUAUGUUAUUACAGAAACAACAAAAUGAUGAAAGAUUUUGAUCCAGUGUCAUGUUCAACUCAAAAAAAAAAACAAAAAAAACCACAUUCUCCUCCAGUUUCACGUUCGAUAUUAAGAUCAGAAAGUAUGAAGAGUUGAAGCUGCCUUUGAUUUACAUGGCUUAGUUAUUUUUGGUCUACCUCAAUUACAUGAUGUUUUACGUUUUACCUUUUGAUAUGAUGUUUUAUAACGUUUUAAUUAUUUUAUUAUGAUUAUUAAUUUGUGUGUGUUUUUGCACUUUGCAGUUUGUUUCACCUCUUUCGCUUGCACCAUUGCAUGAUAUUUGGAUUUGUUUGGUUUUCUGACUUUGGUGUGAUUUUUUUGCAUGGCUGUGUUGGUUGCUUUGUGUGUUGCACUUAUUAAAAAAAUAA